UACGAAACGUCAUUAGCAGAUUUGAUAAGUUUUUCCACUAGCAAAUUUUCAAUAUUGAAAAUUCCUGUAUAGGCUUUUUGCUAUCAAUUUUUUUAUAUUAGGAAGAAAUAAUUAUCUUACUCUCGUGGCUAGGCACUCGAAACACUAAAAUUCUUAAUCACUUAAUCACAAGUGUACGUGUUGUAUCCUAUUCAGUCGACAACUACAAAAUAGAAAAAUGCCUCGCGUCAAUUUUACCAGAACUGAUCGAAUAGCACAGAUGUCUCAACAAGAGCAACUUAUCGCUCAGAAGCGACAGCAGAUUUUAGAAAAGCAACGAACUCUGCAAAUGGCUAAACAAAUUGUCGCUGAAGCUAGUAAAAACAAUGCGAAUACCGAAGAAACGGAACCGGAUAAACCAGGCGGACUGAAGAUACCUUUUAGUAACGAUGGAUCGUUCUUAGAAAACUUUAAGAAGCUUAGUGAAAAAAUUGCAAAAAGCACCGAGGAUCAGAAUAAAAGGUCAGCUGAAGAAGAUGCUUCCAAUAGUGAAAAAAAAUUUAAACCGGAUGAGGAAGUGCUAAUAACAAUACCACCUCCUCCGCCACCUCCAGCACCACCUAUUCCGCCCAGUAUCCCGACGGUGCCAGUGGAUGUUGCGUUUGCAACGUACUAUAAUAUGUCGCAACCUGCACCAAUUAUGCCACUGAUGCAACCAGCUCCAUUGCCUCCGCCGAUUCCAGAUGCCAUCGUGGAUAUUGCGCCACCAAUUGAGCAGAUGAUAAAUACGAUCGAAACCACACAGCCACCGGCGAUAGAACAAGUACCAGAGGUGGGAGCCAACUGUAAAGUAUUUUCAGAGAAUGAUAAAUUACCAACAACAGUUGAAGAGUUGGUUGAAUUGGUUGCCGAUAUCGGUGAUGUUUAUGAAGAAAAAUUAAGUUCACGUAAAAAUGAAUUGCAUCCAUCGCUUUGGUUUUUGUUUGACAAACAGUCAGAGCCCUACAGAAACUACCGGCAUAUGAUUGUAGCUAGACUGUUCAAAACGGCAGGUAUAGAGCAUGCUCUACCGCCUCCGCAACCAUUUCACGCUCCAGAGUCGGCUGCGGAUGAUUCCAAGUAUGACCCGGAAGAUGUUUUGGAUGAUACCAACAUGGAGGACGAGCCGAAUGUCAUGGUCGAUCAAAAGGAACCGCAGAAUGACGAACCGAUUCAGAUGCGGCCCAACUACUACGGCGACGAGCAACAUUUUUACGAUGAUAAAUCUACAACUGAGACUGAUUCCGAUACCGAAUAUGUCCGGGAGGCACGGAAGAGAAAUUUGAAAAAUUUAAAGCGCAAAACUAUGAAUGCCGGAAAUGUGCGAGAGGACAGUACAACCGAUACGGAUGACGAUUUCGGCGAAUCAUCGGAGGGCAAGCAAGACACACACAGUGAAAAGGGAGGAAGUUCCGGUGGGGGUAAAAAUGUUCGUCAAAAGCAUAAGAAAAAAACACGAUGGGGGGACAAUGCUGAGAGUACAGAAGGUCACGAUUUGAUUGACGAUAGCAAAGGCUCAGCAGAUGCUUCCCAUAACAGUACUACUGCCAAUUCCGAGCUGCCUUCCAGCUCACACGGCACACAACCGCAGCAUCCGAAUUCCCGCUUGAAUCCCGGUUUGUUGCAGUUUGUAUUUCAGUGCUUCGGCACUGUGGAUGUUAGUCCGGAAAGUUGGAAGCAGGCAGAGGAGCAUUUCAGAAUCCGUUUACUCUAUGAAGAUAUGUCCAACAAAAUCCAAAUCCACGAACGAUUUAUGAGCAAUCGGUUAAUGCGCAGUGCCGGUGGCGGCCAGAUAGAAGUAGAAGAGGACCAACGUUUGAAUUCGGACAAAAUGAAAGCCGUUUUGCUGUGGAUAAAUGAAAUCACAACAUUCUACGAACGUUUUGGUGUAGUUAAUUUGGAAGAAUUUCUCAUGCGAGAUGAAUAUGAAAGCUUCUUUGAUAAAUAUCGAAAAACUAGUGAUCGUCAACCGAAUUUUGAAGAUUACAAAAAAUUCAAACUUGAACAAGCAAAAAUAGUUUCAACAAAUUCCCGUGGAGAAUAUAGUUCUACUGAUUCGGAUUUCCUUGGUAUGAAAAGAGAGGACGUAGAAAACAUGGAUGGGAAUGAGCAACUAGGUUCCGUUUCGAAUGAAAAUGACAAAAAUAUCAAACGUCGUAGAAGCCGUUGGGGUGAUCAAAUUCAAAACCAAUCGGUACAGGCUUCCUCAAUGCCUAAACCAAUGCCAAUACCAACUCCCGGUCCUUCCUCCUCGAACUUUAGCACUCCAAAACUUAGCACAGUGGGUCGUACGGAUCCAGCCUUGUUGGCUUACGUAAGGCAAAAUUUUGGAACGACUGUCUUAUCGGAAGAAGAUUGGAAGAAAGCAGAAGAUCAUUACAAAAUAAACCUUCUGUACCAAGAUAUGUUGAGGAAGCGCCAAGAAAUUGACAGAUUGGCUGCCUGUGGGAAGUUCAAGUACGAAUAUGAUUCGGAUGAGGAUACCACAGGGGGCACUUGGGAACAUAAACUUCGAUCGCAAGAAAUGGAAGCAACACAAUUGUGGGCCAGUGAGCUUACAAAGAAAUCCGAAGGAAAGCAUCACAUUGGAGAUUUUCUGCCACCGGAGGAGCUUAGAAAGUUCAUGGAAAAAUAUGAUGCUCAGAAGAACAAUCGUCUGCCAAGUCUGAGUGAUUAUAAGGAAUAUAAACUAAAAGAGGACAACGUUGGCUUUCAAAUGCUACAGAAGCUGGGCUGGAAAGAGGGACAGGGGUUGGGAGCGGAUGGCAGCGGUAUUGUUGAUCCUAUUAACAAAGCAGCGCAACGUGAUAACCAAGGGUUGGGAGUUGUAACAGAUAAUCCCGAGGUGGAUGAUAACGAGUAUGAUGCGUAUCGUAAGCGCAUGAUGCUUGCCUACAGAUUUCGACCAAAUCCGUUGAAUAAUCCCCGCAGAGCGUAUUAUUGAAUUAUCGAAUCCGUAUGUACACUGAGUGUAUGAGGACCUACGUACACCAUUCGGACCGAACAUUAUUGAUAAUAUCAAUCCGCCGCUUAAUGACGGAGACAAUACCCAUGCCCAAACAUGCCCCUCUUCAGUUUUCCAUCUAUUAAUUGUUCUGUUUGUUUAUAAUCUCGAUAGUUUUGGAAUUUGUCGCAGGAAAUUUAUUAUUUUUACUACCAUAAAGAUAACUGCAUUAAUUAUGAUUAAUACUUACUAUCUAGUUAGUUGGAAUAAAUGUUGCAUAUAGCCAAAA